AUGAUGAUUGAUGAUCGGAUAGAUGACGAUGAUCCGGAAACAGAUGAAAAUAAUUUACAUGAUAAUACUGAAAAUAUAGUUAAUUCAUUAGCGAAUGAUAGUUCUGUUAAUUUAUUACGUAUCAGAGGUGGACGAUGGACGAGGAUCGUCGCGAGGCCUCGCGAAGAAUCGCGGGGCGGGGAAGAAUUUUUGAAAACUUGA